GCGUCUUUAUUUGGCCUGCCCACGACACAACCACCUACCACCACCACCGCACCCUCCAUACCCAACUUUUUCGCCAAGCCAGCUGCAUCAUCGACACCUGCAACCUCACUGUGCAGUUCCUUCAUUUUCGUUUGGUUCCAUGCCUGCACAACUGCUGUUUGCUGCACCUGCUUCCGCAUCCACCAAUCAUUUUCUGUGCCGCAGCAUCAAGCACGGAAACCGGCAAACCGUUAUCGUCUGGUAAGCUUCCGGUGCUCCAUGAUCACACUGUCUCAAACGGCAUGCAGGGGCUAAAUGGUCGCAUUUGGAUCUCUCAUUGGCAGAGCAUCGAAAAGUACCGUACGAGAGUUCGGGCCCUUGGCGUGGGGCGGAGUGUCAUGCGUAUAGAUGGCCUCCCUCUAGAUCUGGAACUCGUGGAUACGCCCUGCGGUCGUCCCUGGCCUUUCCUACUCCUUCGCAUUGAAAAACUGUUCUGGUUGGACAGUAGUUAUGAAUACAGUCACCUCCUUUCCAAACUUCUCAGCCCUACCUUAACUGAGCUUCAUGUAUACGCGAUGGAUAAUUUGUUUAUGUAUUCGGUUUUGCCAAACCUGGGAGUUACAUGUCCCCUCAUGAAAUCCUUUUCCACCACUGGCUUUGAUCCAGCCACAUCCGUCCCAGUUUCAACAGCAGUUGUAUGUGAAGCCGUUGAUGGACCCGCCUUGCUCCACCUCUCCACUCUUCCAUCCCUCGAACACUUGCAACUCUCAUUUCUAUCACUGAAUAGGGGUUCCUUCAAAUACAGCCCGACCACAUUCUCAAACCCUCUUCACCAUCUUACAAUCCACGCGCAGGGUUCCGAGCCAUGCGUGCCCUUCCUUGAAGCAACGUGGAUAUCCGCGAGAAGUGUACACAUCUCUCUCGGGAACAUCCCACGAUCUUCCAGUAAUGAAACCUUUCUUUUACUCCUUGCCUCUCGUGUAACAGCACAACAAGUGCAAGCUCUCUCACUCGAUUCGACUUCUGAUUGGCUGCUUACAAUCACUGAAAUCAUGCCUCUGUUCUCAUUUUGCACAUUGCAAGAACUCACGCUACCAUCAACCUCUGGCAACCUUACUAUAAACAACCAAGACCUCAUCAGAGCCGCGAAAUCGUGGCCCAAGUACGCCUGGGCGAUGAGGGCAUGUGGAUAAUGCCAGCGCGUCCUCAAAUCACCCUGGAUGGGUUGGCCAGUCUGCUCUUGCAUUGCCCAGAUUUGUGCACUCUUGGCAUCGGCAUGGACGCCGCCUCAUACAGUGCUGUGACGCCCAUGGUACCAGGGGAUGGUGUAAUCAAUACCAAGAUCACCACGCUCUCUGUCGGGGCAUCGCUAAUCGAAAAUCCGUUGGCUGUCGCCGCAUUCCCCUCCUCCGUCUUACCAAACUUGAAGAACAUUCUGCCCAAGUUCGACACUGGCUUUGUGCCCAAUCAAACGAAAAGGCGACACACGAAGUGGGCGAGAGCUGCAACGUAUCUGCAAGAUGUGGACAUGAUCAGGAAGCAAGAGAGGGCCAGAUUGGGGGUCUACUAGGGUCAUGUAGCGCAGAGUUUGUAUUGAGGGGAGAAUCAUUCGAAGUCGUAGAG